CUCACACGAUUUCUGUUUCGUUAUUCUUUUCAGUCGAACUUCUUACAUCUCUUGUUCUCCAUUCAGGAUAUUGUACAUUAAGAACAAGACGAUUUCUCGUAGCGUUAGAUUACAAGACAUUAAAAUGUUGGCGUGAAAAUUAAAAUUAAGUUGAAUUAGUGACCACAAUGCAAGCAAUAGAAAAGUGGGGUGUAACACGUGUGUUGGUUACCAAGUGCAAUUAUUCAUGGACUAUACAAAACUUUAGUUACUUGCGCAGAAAAACCGGAGAAGAGCUUGAAUCUCCGUGCUUUAGCAUAGGCAAGAAUAGCGAUGCAAAAUGGUGCCUAAGAUUAUACUUGCAGGGCAUCAACGAAAAUUACAAAGACUUUUUGUCCGUAUAUCUUUACCGAAAAUCUGGUACUGAACAUCAAUUGGACGGUAAAUACACACUUUCAGUUUUGACCAAUGAUGGCACGAAGUUUAUGGAAGAGAGCGAAGAAUGCCAGUACAAUAAAAAUUAUUCGAGCUGGGGCUUUCCGUCGUUUAUCAAAAAUGAAUUGAUUAGAGAUAACUCGUUGAACUUACUUGUCAACGACUCACUGAAGCUCCAGUGCGAGGUCGCAAUCGUGACGGGCAUCGAUGAGGUUUCAAGUGACGACACACCCCAAACGCGCGACAAUGUAGCUCAGAAUGUGCUCAGCCAUUUCGAACAGCUGUUUCUUGACCAACGACUUGGCGAUGUAAAAUUAAGCGCAGCUUGCGGUAGAGCUUUGCACGCCCACAAAAGCAUCUUAACCGCGAGAAGUCCGAUUUUCGCGGCGAUGUUCGAACACGAUACGAUGGAGCGACAGCAGAAUGCGGUAGAUAUAAAAGAUGUUGAGUUUAAUGUGUUGAAAGAGAUGCUUAGAUUUAUUUACGCAGAUCGCAUUGAAAUCACCGACAAAUCGACGAGCGAUCUUCUCAUCGCCGCGGACAAAUACCAAAUUGAAGGCUUGAAAGAACAUUGCGUUCAACUAUUGAGUGACAACAUAUCAGUAGAAAAUGUCGCUGAAGUACUAGUAAUUGCCGAUCGUCAUAACGUUGCUAGCUUGAAAACACGAGCAAUGAAUUUCAUUAGAGCACACAUCGCAGAAGUAGUCGACACGUCGGGAUUCGAAUCUAUUGUGCAAGUGCACGUCUUAGCGGAAAUAAUUAAAACAUUAGGUCAACGAUAAUGUCGCUCAUCUUUUAGCACAGAGCACUCACCUUUACCGAUUCUUCCAGAAGUGUGAUACGUCAUUGAAGAGAACCAAUCUUUUACAAUUUAUUAAUUAAUUUGAUUGAAAUAAACUUAUAUAAUAUUAUUAAGAGCACGCGAUCUGCAAUGAACGUCUUACACGAUUAAAAAUAAACAUUAAUUAUUAUUCCACGAAACAAAUCUAGAAAUCUUAUAUACAUGUCAAUAAUGCAACUGUUAUUGAAAUUAUUUAUAAAGAAAUAAUAAGUGAACAAAUAAACAACGAUGCAUUCUCACAAUAAAUAGCGUCAUUAUUACACUUUACCUCGACGGUUUCCAGCAAGAAGGGUCUAGCUUAGCGUCCAUUUCAAGAAGUUGCUGUUUCGUGACGAUACAAGUACUUCGCUUCGCUCGGGCGUAAACGCCACACGAGGCAAAAAUAUCUACUUUCCCGAACAUGUGCCGUACCAUAUUUUUUGAUACGACAUGUGGAAA